ACCCAAAACUAUGCACUGGGGGCUUAAUGCCAAUCAACCCAGCAGUGAGUAGUACAGUGGGUAGUUUUGUUUUGUCCGUUUGUAAUAUCUACAGUAAAUUUUCAUUGAUGGAGUUAUCAGAAGCAGUUAAACGUGGACUACAAUUUCUGAAUAAAUCAGAUGAUUAUGUCGAUAUCAUUGACAAAGCUUUCAAUACAGUGGAACAUCCAAUUCAAGUUAAUUUUCGCAUAUUGGCAGAACCGAUUUCCAACGAUGGACAUUAUGCGUUAACCACCAUACUGAUAAUGGCUAGCAAACAAAAAUAUUCCGAACAACAGAUCUAUCAACUUUUGGAAAGCUAUCUUAGCAAUGCAGAAAUCAUUCAAAGGAUAGCAUCUAAAUAUGAGACUCAAAGGGAUCGUUUCAUUCAUUUGAAUGCAUCCUAUGGUAUAACACUACCGCAUGUAACCGAUGCCAACUGGACACUUCGUUCGGACCUAUCGUCUUCCAGUUACUCGAUUACAGCAGGCAAUUUGUCCUUCCUGAUCGAACUGGAGUCUUUCAACAGAAAAAACAGCGAAAAAACAUCGAUUGUAAGAUUCACCUGCACACCCGAAGAACUUCAGUUGUUUAUCAAUAAGUUGAAGGACAUCGAGUUAAACUGUGAUAAACUGACAAAAUAAACGGAUGAUAUUCAAA